AAGAUCUGUCACAAAAAUACACAGAGGUGAAUAAUGAGAAAGAGAUGCUACUAGAGGAAAAGGCCAAACAGACUGCUGAGAUACUCGCCACACAAAGUCUAAUGCAGAAUCAGCAGAUCCAGCAGCAGAUCCUCAUCGCUGAGUUCCAGUGGCAACAGGAACAGUUCUCGUGGCAGCAUGAAGCUCAGGUGCAUGAGCACACCAAGCAGCAGCAGGAGCUGGAGAAGCAGCACCAUGAGCAGAAAACACAGCAGCUCCAGAACAAGAAGGGCAAAGAGAUGGAUGUGGCCACAGCACUGCCUGUGCAAGGAGCCCCCACACCAGCCCAGGACCUGUGCCCUGACCACCUGUUCCCGCUGCCUGGGGCAAAGCCAGCACUGCAGGAGCAGCAGCUGCAACAGGAGCUCCUGGCCCUGAGGCAGAAGCAGUAUGUCCCAAUGGAACAGGCGGAAAGACUGAUCAGUCAGCUUGGAAGGUUGCCCUAAAACCAGUGGGGCCUCUAGAGCUACUAGUCAGCAAGAUUAAAGGAAGAGGC